GGAGGCAGCGGGGGAAGAUGGCGGCGGCCGUUCCGCAGCGGGCCUGGACCGUGGAGCAGCUGCGCAGCGAGCAGCUCCCCAAGAAGGACAUUAUCAAGUUUCUGCAGGAUCACGGUUCAGAUUCGUUUCUUGCAGAACAUAAAUUACUAGGAAACAUUAAAAAUGUGGCCAAGACCGCUAACAAGGACCAUUUGGUUACAGCCUAUAACCAUCUUUUCGAAAGUAAGCGUUUCAAGGGUACUGAAAGUAUAAGUAAAGUGUCUGAGCAGGUGAAAAAUGUGAAGCUUAAUGAAGAUAAACCCAAAGAAACCAAGUCUGAAGAGACUCUGGAUGAGGGUCCACCAAAAUAUACAAAAUCUGUUCUUAAAAAAGGAGAUAAAACCAACUUUCCCAAAAAGGGAGAUGUUGUUCACUGCUGGUAUACAGGAACACUACAAGAUGGGACUGUUUUUGAUACUAAUAUUCAAACGAGUUCAAAGAAGAAGAAAAAUGCCAAGCCUUUAAGUUUUAAGGUUGGGAUAGGCAAAGUUAUCAGAGGGUGGGAUGAAGCACUCUUGACUAUGAGUAAAGGAGAAAAGGCUCGACUGGAGAUUGAACCAGAAUGGGCUUAUGGAAAGAAAGGACAGCCUGAUGCCAAAAUUCCACCAAACGCAAAACUUAUUUUUGAAGUGGAAUUAGUGGAUAUUGACUGAAAUAGUGAAGAAAUCAUCAACAAUAAAACAUGGCCGUGAAGAAACUUA